AUAUGUGAGACAGAUGGUCGUGAUCUGGAAAACAUUGUUUCUGAUAUGAUCGAGUUUGAAAAGCUUCCACCUGGUUGUUAUAUGCCGGAGAAAGAGACGGAAGAGGAGGAAGGAGAUGACAGUGGACUGGAUGAGUCAGAUUCAGUGAAUGACUCUGGACAAUUGAUUGAUGGCUUACAACACAUGCUCGAUACUUGGACAGCGGGACAAAAGAAAUCAUCGACACGCAGCGCACCUGCAAGCGUUAUCGAGGGCGAACCAUCAAGUUUAGGCGAACGAGUUAGCAUCGCGGCUAAAUGUAACUCAUCGGAUGACUUAUCAAAGAUUGGCCUUGAUGAUGACUAUAACGAGGACGAUGACUUGGAUUUGCUUGAUACUACGCUGAACAAUCUUUCAUUGGAUGACAGUUCGAAGUGCGUAGCAGACAUGAAAUGCAUUGAGAUUAGCGUUCCAGGAUCUUAUUUUGAAUUUUCUCAGAUAUUCCUUUAUCAGGGGAAUUCAAAAUUUGUUUUUAAGUUUGUCACAUUACUUAUUGGAAUUGGAGCUUAA